CGUGGGUAUUUUCAAAGUAAACAAAUAUUCGCCUUGAAAAAACAAACCAUUCCUUUUUUUAAUGCUUUCUUUUAAAAAAGUACUAAACGAACUAAAUGUCGAAGUCUAAACAAGAAAUUUAUCCUCCCAUUGUGUAUUAAAACUUCUAACUUAUCGGAGGGACAUAAUACACUGCGGAAUGCUACAAUCAAAAGAUCACACACAAAUUAAAUGCGGACUGCCUGCUGAACACUGUUUUGCACUUGUAAGAAUAUGACUUAGCAUUUCUAUAACAGUAUUUAUGUUUCUAAAAGACGGCUUAAAUACAAACUUGUCACUGCUUAAAACUACGUGAAAUGAUUAAUAAUGAAGUUGUUGUCAUAUCAAGAUUUUAUUUAUUCAAUUAACUUUGACAUCUGGUGGUGAAACCUAAAUCAAGCAUUCGUCUGUUUUUAUAUAAUUUUAAAAUGGCAAAGUGGAAUACUAGUAGUCUUGAAAUUAAAACACGAUCAGUGGAGAAGGUAUUAGUUCCCUUAGUUGCUCAGGUUGGUGUCUUAGUAAACAAUGGAUUUAAUGAAAUUGAAGGCAAAACAAGAAGGUUUCUCAGUGAUAUGCUGCCCAACUUGGAGUUGGCAGUUUGUAAAUUUACCAGCAUUGGUCAUGAAAUGGGAAACAUGAAUCAUGAUAUUAGGGAUGAAAUGUCAGAUGCUUGUGAUGUUACAAAUAAAGCAUGCAGUACAAUAGUGUCUGUUUUAAAUACUGACAGUGAUAGUAAAAUUGAUAAGAAAUCACUUGCCGAAUCUGCUCGUUUAUUAUUAUCUGCUAUUACCAGGAUACUAAUUCUCUCAGACAAAACAGCUGUCAAGAAGAUGGUGUUAUCUGCAGAUAAGGUUGACAGACGUUUGUGCGAAUUGGAAAAUGUGUCUAAUUUUACAGAGUUUGUAAAUGCAUUUAGUCAAUUUGGAGGUGACAUGGUUGAACUGGCAUAUGUAUCAGGUGAACGUCAAAAUGAUCUCAAAAAUGAUUUACAAAGGGCUGAAGUUUGUGGAUCACGAGCUAUCUUAGAAAAGUCAACCAUGAUGCUUUUGACAACUUGUAAAUCCUGUUUACGACAUCCAGACUCGCCGCUAGCCUUGGGUAACAGAAAUGCAGUUUUUAGAAGUAUGAGAAAUGCUAUGAAGAUUCUGAAAGCUGUAAUCCAAGACAACCAGUAUCCUGAUUCGAACAUCAGUCAUGGAAUGUAUUUGUAUUUGAAAGAGAUACAGAAUGGUAUAAGAAGUCUUUCCAACACUCAGGGAACUUCAAAAUCAACAGAUGUGUUAUUAGAACAAAUAGAGAAUUUUGCUGCCAUCAUGGACGAUGUUAUCAGUAUUCAACAGAUUGACUUACAGCUUACUGCAAAUAUUAAGGAACUGCAACAAAAUCUUCGAAAUGUUUGUGCAAAUGAAAAGGUUGCUAGGGACAAAGGAGAAUUCAUUCAAGUGUUAAAUAAGAUAAAAGACGCUGGUCAACAAAUAGUUGAUGAGUUGACAAAAACAAGUGUGCAACAAGUGAAUGACGUUUUUACUGAUCCAUCUUACAAAGCGAUGUUGCAAGAGUUAAAGAAAGCUUCCCUGUCUGGUGACCUGCAAAAAGUGGAAGAAAUUGGUGACACGUUGGAAAAAGAGUUACUAACGAUUGUGCAGGUUUCAAAGUUGGUGAAGAACACAAGUGAUAGUGAAGCAUGUAUAAUAACCGCUUCAAAAAUAGAAGAAAAUUUAAUCUCCUUACUCCCUCAGUUGAUUGAUGCUAGCAAGAUGUUAGCUGCUCAUCCUUCAAGUAAGAUAACACAAGAAAACUUAGAGGUGUUCAUCGAUGUAUGGGACACACAAGUUGAUGAACUGUCUACUUUGAUGAGAAAUAUUACACAGACUGCUGAAUCUAAUGAAAGUGCUGAAUGGCUUUCUGUAUAUAUUCCAAUGGCAUCAAAACUAAAAUCGUAGAUUGUUACCAGAAACGAGUAUAAUUUAUAUAAAUUUAUGUAAAUGUAUGCACUGUAAGUAUAAUAGCUCACUCUCCUUUCACUGGAUUUAAUUUAGUCAUUAACAGCACUCCUAACUAUUAUCAAAUAGCACGUAACCGAUAUAACCAAUUUCCGAUAUACACGUGUUUUCUUUAUAAGCAGCUAUUUCUUGGUCUGCAAAAGUCGUAGCAACUUUAGCAUAAACAAUAUUGGACACCAGCAACAACUUUGGUUUUCGAAGUUGGUUUUGAAAAAUUAUUAUGGCAGACUUGCAUUGCUUUUGACAUCGUCAUGUAGCUUCUUUUUGUAUCCGCUAAAAUAAUCAGUUGCACUAAUUUAUGGAACUCUCUCCUCUUUCCGUGAUUAUAAACCCCAUAAUUCUUGUCUUGGUAUGUAGGUAAAAAUUUGACAUUAAAUAAAACAAUUGCGCGUGUCCGCUAAUUUUUAGUAGAGUUGAUGAUAAUUUUGCAAUUUUUGCGUGUCUGCUAAUUUUUAGUAGAGUUGAUGAUAAUUUUGCAAUUUUUGCGUGUCCGCUAAUUUUUAGUAGAGUUGAUGAUAAUUUUGCAAUUUUUUGUCACUUUCUACUGAUCAAGAUUUCAUUUUUAACAACUUAGGUACUAGGUCAAAACUUUAGUUGCUUAUAAAAAAAAAUGCGUGUGUGUUGAGAUCAUCCUUUAUUUUCAAUUUUUAUCGCUGAAAAUCUCACUUUCUCUUCUUUACGCUUAUUUUAUCCGGCAUUAUCCUUUUUUCUAGUUCUUCACUAUUGCACUUUUAACUAGAAAUCUAAAAAUCAUUGGCCAAAAAUAUGUCGACGAUAUUUACUCACGACCACAUAAUCCGUGCCCGUUUGAGUAUGAAGAGAUGCCGCCUUUUUUCUAGGAUUAUUCCCCGAUAAAUAUAAAAGGGCAUCACAUUUAUUUUUCAGAUCAUUCCCUGAUAUAUCAUUUACGUUUUGUUUUUAUAGACAACUAACCGUUGAUUGGCUAAUUACAUAAUGAACUAGGAACUAACCACGUGAUUGACAAGUGAUAGACUAACCAAUUACAAUUUUAUGACGCGUUGAGGGAUGUAAUUUAUAUAUUUAUUUUUAUUUAUUUUUUGUAUUUAAGACCAGACAGAAAAUAUUAUGUCAUCAGUUUUAACUGCAAGCUUUCGGGUCUGGUUUUUGUAUUGCUGAGCUCCCUUUACUCUUUUAAAGCAACGUUUUGUACAGUAUAAACUAACGGUACUUUUAUUUGUCAUCCUUGAUUCACUAAUGAACACUUUGUUUUAUGGUGACUACAGAUCCGUACAUUCCGAAAUUUUGAAUUUUUUAGUCGUCAAUUUAGAAAAUUUCCAGAAAGGCCUUGCAUGUGAAAAUUUUAACUAAAAUAGAAACGAUAUACCAAAAAAUUCAAAUUUUUUGAUAUUAUAUAUUUUUGUUGUCCCGUGAGUUAAAACUGGGGUGCCUCGACAUUUGGAAUUUUAGAGACAAAUUUUGUCAAAUUCUUUAAAACUCGAACUUUUUGCCACUAAACUUUGCAUUUAAGUUAACGAAACUUGAUUGUGCUUUACACGAGUUAUCUCCUUAGGCAUGCUCAUACCAGAUACUUCGCAACUUACUCAUACCUAAUACUCGAUAACGUAUCGUUACUGAUACGAAAUACUCGAUAGCUUAUCAUUAUUUACACCAAAUACUUCAAAUAACGUCCCUUCUUCUUUCACUAGCCACCCAAGGUAAGGCCAUAUCGUUUUUAUUAUUUAAAGCCCUCGAGAAGUAGAGAUAUGAAGAUGCGAUUGAUCUUGUAGUGUUUUUUAAAUCUUAUUCAUGAUGUAUUUCUAAGCAGGUUUUAAAUAGUUUUGUAUUUUAAGCUUUUUGUACAUAUUUUUAACAAUUUUUAGGCUUUGUGGCUUCGCUCUGUAUUCGCGUGUUUUUAAUUUAGUUUUAUGUAUCAAUAAAUUGUGUUUUCUCUUG